AAUGAUAUUAGUACGGUGACGUGGCGUUCACCCGCAUGAUCAACUUGAAGCCUUCAUCAUUCAUGCGGACCCCGCGGCUUGGAUCCUUUUACUCGCAGCUCUUCUCAGGUAAUGUAAUGUCCUUUUGAGGAACAUUGAAAUGUCCUUUAUCAGUACCUCCUCUGUCGCUUACUCGAACCCAUUCAACCUUCUAGUUUUGUUUCCGAGUCAUAGUAACCUUAGUAACAAGAACAUCCCUAGGCUGUGAUUCACGCAUACAAGUUCAGAACUCAUUAUGCAGACGACAAUAAUCAGCGAAGUCCAUGCGGUUUCGCACCAUCCGACAGUUGGCCCCCAUAACAAUCUUAAACUUGAAGAGAGUGGCAAGCACGAUGAACGAAUCGAAAUACGAGCGGGGUCGUCUACAGGUGAUUCAGGAGCAGCAUCUAUCUCCGACCUGAAAGCCCAAACGAAACGUCAGCGGCUGCGCGCACGGGUGCAAUUUGCGACAGUUUGCGGGUCGAUGUACCUAGAUGGAUGGAAUGAUGGGUCGACUGGUCCGUUGCUCCCCCGGAUACAGAAAGUGUAUGGCUUGAAUUUCACUGUCGUAUCUCUGAUAUUCGUGUUCGCAUGUGUUGGCUUCCUAUCCGGAGCAUUCGCAAAUCUAUAUCUGAACGGCAGGUUUGGUUUCGGGAAGGUCAUUGUGUUAGGGUUGGUGUGUCAAGUGAUAGCAUAUGCCAUAGAAGCGAGUGCCUUACCGUUUCCUGCAUUCGUGCUAGGUUACGCCAUCAAUGGCUUUGGAAUGGCUCUACAGCACGCACAAUCGAAUGGUUAUGUGGCCAGUCUCAAGGAUAACCCUGAGGUGAAAAUGGGAAUCCUCCAUGCGGUAUACGGUGCUGGCGCUUUGUCGUCCCCUCUGGUAGCAACCCAAUUUGCUCAGCUUCCCCAUUGGUCAUUUCACUACCUGUGCAGCCUUUGUAUUGCGUUCAUAAACACUGUACUAUCGAUUGUAAUCUUUGGGUUGAAAACACAGGAUGACUGCCUUGCUCAGAUCGGACAGCCGCCAGGCGAAAAGGGAACAAGUGAAAAGAGCCAGUUCAACCAGAUAUUGCGACUCAGAGAAGUGCACCUCCUCGCCUUCUUCAUUUUGAUAUAUGUAGGAGCGGAAGUCACUAUGGGUGGCUGGAUGGUGACGUACGUAAUCGACGUGCGCGGAGGAGGUCCAAGUUCGGGAUACAUAUCAUCAGGCUUUUUUGGAGGCAUCAUGAUUGGCCGUGUCGGUCUUUUGUGGGUGAACAAAAAGGUUGGGGAACGUCGUGUUUUGUUCAUUUACUCCAUCCUCGCAAUCGGGCUGGAAUUAGUAGUAUGGCUGGUACCUUCGCUCAUUGGUGGAGCCGUUGCGGUCUCGAUAAUUGGUAUAUUUUUGGGGCCGAUGUACCCCAUCGCUAUGAAUCACACAGUACGAAUCCUCCCUGAGUGGCUCGUUACAGGGUCGAUUGGCUGGAUAGCAGGGUUCGGGCAGGCAGGUUCUGCGCUCUUGCCAUUCUUAACCGGUGUCAUUUCAUCGAAGACGGGAAUCAAGAGUUUACAGCCAUUUCUCGUUUCGAUGAUGGCGUUCAUGACGGUCUUAUGGUAUUUGGUGCCGAGAACAGCUAGCAAAGCUGAAUGAUAUAUGCUCUGAUAGUAACGUGGGAGUCGGGGAAGCAGAUACUCGCAGACUGCUAUUCGCUUGUAUUGUUUCAUUGCCUUCGUU